UGAGCCCAGCACCCACGCACGCUCCGCUCCACCGAGAGAGAGAUUGCGGUCAGGGCGUCCUGCGGCGUCUCGCCGGGGCCCGCGGCUUCCGAGCAGUGUGUUUCCAGAGCCUCUGACUUCAUAAAUGAAAAGAGACCCCUGAAGGCCUCCAGAAAGUGGGUUGAAGCUGGAGCUGCGGAGGAUGGAGCCCUCGGACCCCAGGAGAGCUGGAUCUGAGCAGGAAGAAGGCUUUGGGGUGCAUCCUAGGAGGGCCACUGAUCUGGGCAUGGUCCCUGAUCUCUGGCAAGGCAAUAGUAGCCUUUGCAAAAGCAGGAAGCUGCUGUGUCCCCUCAGCUGUGAGAAGCAAGAAAACCUCAGCUCGUGGAUUCCCGAAAACAUCAAGAAGAAGGAAUGUGUGUAUUUUGUGGAAAGUUCCAAACUGUCCGAUGCGGGGAAGGUGGUGUGUGUAUGUGGCUACACUCGAGAGCAGCACCUGGAGGUGGCCACCAAGCCACACGCCUUCCAGGGCAAGGAGUGGGACCCAAAGAAGCAUGUCCAGGAGAUGCCGACGGAUGCCUUUGGUGACAUUGUCUUCAGAGGCCUGAGUCAGAAAGUGGGGAAGUACAUCCGGGUCUCCCAGGACACACCCUCCAGUGUCAUCUACCACCUCAUGACCCAGCACUGGGGUCUGGAUGUCCCCAACCUCCUCAUCUCAGUGACUGGAGGAGCCAAGAACUUCAACAUGAAGCUGAGGCUGAAGAGCAUCUUCCGCAGAGGCCUUGUCAAAGUGGCCCAGACCACAGGGGCCUGGAUCAUCACUGGGGGGUCCCACACAGGCGUGAUGAAGCAGGUGGGCAAGGCGGUGCGGGACUUCAGCCUGAGCAGCAGCUGCAAGCAAGGAGAAGUCAUCACCAUCGGCGUGGCCACGUGGGGCACCAUCCACAACCGUGAGGGGCUGGUCCAUCCCAUGGGAGGCUUCCCUGCCGAGUAUCUGCUGGACGAGGAAGGCCAAGGGAGCCUGACCUGCCUGGACAGCAACCACUCCCACUUUAUCCUGGUGGACGAUGGGACCCAUGGCCAGUAUGGUGUGGAGAUUCCCCUGAGGGCCAAGCUGGAGAAGUUCAUAUCGGAGCAGACAAAGGAAAGAGGAGGUGUGGCCAUCAAGAUCCCCGUUGUCUGUGUGGUGUUGGAGGGAGGCCCUGGCACACUGCAUACCAUCUACAAUGCCAUCACUAAUGGCACACCCUGUGUGAUCGUGGAGGGCUCUGGCCGCGUGGCCGAUGUCAUUGCACAGGUGGCCGCCCUGCCCGUCUCUGAGAUCACCAUCUCGCUGAUCCAGCAGAAGCUCAGCAUCUUCUUCCAGGAGAUGUUUGAGACCUUCACUGAAAGCAGGAUUGUGGAGUGGACCAAAAAGAUCCAGGAUAUUGUCCGGAGCAAACAGCUGCUGACAGUCUUCCGGGAAGGCAAGGACGGUCAGCAGGAUGUGGAUGUGGCCAUCUUGCAGGCUUUACUGAAAGCCUCUCGGAGCCGAGACCGCUUUGGACAUGAGAACUGGGACCAUCAGCUGAAGCUGGCGGUGGCUUGGAACCGGGUGGACAUUGCCCGUAGUGAGAUCUUCACUGAUGAGUGGCAGUGGAAGCCUACAGAUCUGCACCCCAUGAUGACAGCUGCCCUCAUCUCCAACAAGCCUGAGUUUGUGAGACUCUUCCUUGAGAAUGGGGUGCGGCUGAAGGAGUUUGUCACCUGGGACACCCUGCUCUGCAUGUAUGAGAACCUGGAACCAUCCUGCCUCUUCCACAGCAAGCUGCAGAAGGUUCUGGCUGAGGAAUCUGAGCGCCUGGCCUGUGCCCCUACCACACCCCAGCUGCACAUGCACCAUGUGGCCCAGGUGCUGCGAGAGCUCCUGGGGGACUCCACACAGCUGCUGUACCCCCGGCCCCAGUAUAGCGAUCACCCGAGGCUCUCGCUGCCUGUGCCGCCCAUUAAACUCAAUGUGCAGGGAGUGAGCCUCAAAGCCCACUAUAAGCGAUCAACAGGCCAUGUCACCUUCACCACGGACCCAGUCCGAGACCUCCUCAUUUGGGCUGUUGUCCAGAACCGCAGGGAGCUGGCAGACAUCAUCUGGGCUCAGGGCCAGGACUGUAUCGCUGCAGCGCUAGCCUGCAGCAAGAUCCUGAAGGAGCUGUCCAAGGAGGAGGAGGACACGGACAGCUCAGAGGAGAUGCUGGCACUGGCCGAUGAGUUUGAGCACAGAGCCGUUGGCGUCUUCACCGAGUGCUAUCGGAAGGACGAGGAAAGAGCCCAGAAGCUGCUGGUGCGUGUGUCGGAGGCCUGGGGGAAGACCACCUGUCUACAGCUCGCCCUGGAGGCCAGGGACAUGAAGUUUGUGUCUCAUGGAGGCAUUCAGGCCUUCCUGACCAAGGUGUGGUGGGGCCAGCUCUGUGUGGACAAUGGACUGUGGCGGAUCAUCCUGUGUAUGCUGGCCUUCCCACUACUCUUCACCAGCCUCAUCUCCUUCAGGGAGAAGAGGCUGCAGGCCCUGGGUCGCCCGGCCCGUGUGCGUGCCUUCUUCAAUGCGCCUGUGGUCAUCUUCCACCUGAACAUCCUUUCCUACUUUGCCUUCCUCUGCCUGUUUGCCUACGUGCUCAUGGUGGACUUCCAGCCCUCACCGUCCUGGUGCGAAUGCAUCAUCUACCUGUGGCUCUUCUCCCUGGUGUGCGAGGAAAUGCGGCAGCUCUUCUAUGAUCCUGACGGGUACGGGCUGAUGAAGAUGGCAUCCCUGUACUUCAGCGACUUCUGGAACAAGCUGGACAUUGGUGCCAUUCUGCUCUUCAUAGCAGGGCUGACCUGCCGGCUCAUCCCGGCGACGCUGUACCCUGGGCGCAUCAUCUUGUCUCUAGACUUCAUCAUGUUCUGCCUCCGCCUCAUGCACAUCUUCACUGUCAGCAAGACGCUGGGGCCCAAGAUAAUCAUCGUGAAGAGGAUGAUGAAAGAUGUCUUCUUUUUCCUCUUCCUCCUGGCGGUGUGGGUGGUAUCCUUCGGGGUGGCCAAGCAGGCCAUCCUCAUCCACAAUGAGAGUCGGGUGGACUGGAUCUUCCGUGGGGUCGUCUACCACUCCUAUCUCACCAUCUUUGGGCAGAUCCCAACCUACAUUGAUGGUGUGAAUUUCAGUAUGGACCAGUGCAGUCCCAAUGGCACAGACCCCUACAAACCCAAGUGCCCUGAGAGCGACAGGACGGGGCAGGCGCCUGCCUUUCCUGAGUGGCUGACGGUCAUCCUGCUCUGCCUCUACCUGCUCUUUGCCAACAUCCUGCUGCUCAACCUGCUCAUCGCCAUGUUCAACUACACAUUCCAGGAGGUCCAGGAGCACACGGACCAGAUCUGGAAGUUCCAGCGUCAUGACCUGAUCGAGGAAUACCAUGGCCGGCCCCCCGCACCGCCACCCUUCAUAGUCUUCAGCCACCUGCAGCUUCUGAUCAGAAGGGUGGUCCUGAAGAUCCCAGCCAAGCGGCACAGGCAGCUCAAGAACAAGUUGGAGAAGAACGAGGAGGCGGCCCUCCUGUCCUGGGAACUCUACCUGAAGGAGAAUUACCUGCAGAACCAGCAGUACCAGCACCAGCAGCGGCCAGAGCAGAAGAUCCAGGACAUCAGCAAGAAAGUGGACACCAUGGUGGAUCUGUUGGACAUGGAUCAUGUGAAGAGGUCAGGCUCUAUGGAACAGAGGCUGGCCUCCCUGGAGGAACAAGUGGCCCAGACGUCCAGAGCCUUGCACUGGAUUGUGACAUCCCUGAAGGACAGUCGCUUUGGCUCGGAGGCAGGCGUGCCAACCCUGGCACCCCAGAAGGCCUGCGAUGAGCCAGAUGCUGAACUGAGCAUCAGGAGAAAAGUGGAGGAAUCAAAAGACUGCUACCACGUGAAUGCCCGGCAUCUCCUGUAUCCCGGUGUCCCCAUCGUGCGAUUCCCUGUGCCCAAUGAGAAAGUACCCUGGGAGACGGAGUUUCUGAUUUAUGAACCCCCCUUUCACACAGACGAGAAGAAGGAUGUGACCCUCACGGACCCUGUGGGAGACACUGCAGAGCCGCUGUCCAAGAUCAGUUACAACACUGUGGAUGGACCAACGGACCGCCGCAGCUUCCAUGGGGUCUACGUAGUCCAGCGUGGGCUCCCCUUGAACCCCAUGGGCCGCACAGGGCUGCGAGGACGCGGGAGCCUCAGCUGGUUUGGACCAAACCAUACACUGCAACCGGUGGUCACUCGGUGGAGGAGAAACCUGGAUGGUGCCAUCUGCCGGAAGAGCGUCAAGAAGAUGCUGGAGGUGCUGGUGGUGAAGCUUCCUCACUCUGAACACUGGGCCUUGCCAGGGGGUUCCCGGGAGCCAGGGGAGAUGCUGCCUCGGAAGCUGAAGCAGGUUCUCCGGAAGGAGUUCUGGGUGGUCUUUGAGAAUUUGCUGGUGCAGGGCACAGAGGUGUACAAAGGGUAUGUGGAUGACCCCAGGAACACAGACAACGCUUGGAUUGAGACAGUGGCUGUCAGCAUACAUUUCAAGGACCAGAGUGAUGUGGAACUGAAGAGGUUGGAAGAGAACCUGCAUCCCCAUGACCCGGAAGUGUGCACCGAAUGGCAGGUGGUGGACAGGCGUAUCCCUCUGUAUGCAAACCACAAGACCAUCCUCCAAAAGGUGGCCACACUAUUUGGAGCUCACUUCUGACUGUGGACUUGCAGCAGCUCCAUAAGCAGGCGAGGCCAUCCAUCAGUCAACGACCUCCAGAUUCGGGCUGCUUUGUCCUAGGCUCGGUGGCAGAUUGGGGUGCUGGUUUAGGAUACUGGUUGGGUGGCAGGUUGGGGUGCUGGGCUGGGUGACCAACAUGGGGAAUCUCAGCAAGUCCCUAAAGGUGCUGUCCUUCAAGCCCCCUCUGCCACCACAGGAGAGACACAGAUGAAGACAAACAUAUUCAGUGGCUCCUAGUGCCUGUGUCCUCAGGUGCCAGCCUUGGCUGCGGCGUUUUGGGCCUGUGCCCAGUGAGAUGCUACUGCCGUGUAUGGGCAAGGCUGGACGUGCUGCCUGUGGGACAGGCUGUCCCCUGGAAGGACCUCUGUCCUUACCACGGGUGCUUUCUGUCCUAGGUGGGAGGGGACUAGGGGCAGGGCUUCCAUCCGGUGGAGAUGCUGUCCCCAUGGCUCUUGGCCAGGGCUGGGUCACAGACGUUGGGGAAGGCCAUGGACUCUGUGUCAUCCUAGGACUUUAGGAGUUUCCUACAGGAAGCACCCUCUCCCAGCUGCAGCUGACCUGCUGCUCACAGAAGACGACAGUGGGGGCAUCAUGGCAUGACCUCCAGGGGACGCCUCAUACCGAAAAGCACCACUGAAAACAAUCAGCUGCUUCUGGUGGGGUGGCCUGUGACUCAGGUCGGGCGGGGCCUGUGACUUGGGUCGGGGCUGGCUUCCAGAGCAACUCCAUGGCCAGGCAGGGGUCAUGUCAGAGUGUAGUGGGAUGGGAAAAUAAAGAACGGGUAUAAUGAUCUAUCUAAAAAUUAGUUCUUGGAAAAGUUCAGAAGCAACUAGACAGACCACU